CGAAGACACCAGCUGCUUUUACAUCUGCAUUGUACUUUUGCCGUAUGUGCAAUUUGACGCAUUAUCCCAACCAUUUGUGUGUGCCACAGCGACCGGAGCCGAAGAUGCUGAAAUAUUUCUCCUUUGCAUUUACUGCAUUAUAUUGUGACUAGCCUGAGCUUUCUUAAUAAUCAUCAUUGUAUAUAAGUUUAAAACACAUGUGCGCUCUUUGUCGUUGAGAGAGUCGUUGGUAAUAAUUUACUGUGAGGGGACGCAGUGGCGUGGGUGAAUUUCGUAAGACCUUGGAUGUAAAAGUGGAGGACAAUGGGCUACUGAUAUAAAUGGUUUGACUGUUUUUAAAAAUUUUUUUUUAUGUAAUUAUUUUGGAAUAACCUUUAAAACUUUCAUGAAGUUAUAUAUUGGUAUGAAAAUUUUACUUUCAUCGUGACAAUAAUACGCAAUUUGCCUAGAGGAAUGAAGAGCUACAUGACGUCAUUUCCUCAGGCGGAAACGCGUAACAAAAUCAGACAUUUUGUGUCGCAAAUAUAAAUGAUACACUUUUAGUAGAUUUGGUAAUAACAAUCAUUUGUAUACCAAUGAACUUGAGGAGCGUAAAAAAUAUGUACAAGAGUUUAUAAAUAAGAGCUUCCAGUAUUUUAAGAAAAGCUUGGAUUUUCGUUACAUAUACCAUCAAGACAUGAAUUAUUAUCAAGAUACCUAUGCUUAUAACGAUAACUAUGACAGGCCUAUGCUUGGACCUAGUGAAGAUGAGUCACAGGAUGCAGUCUCUGAUGGUCCAGAUUAUGAUCCUGAUUAUGAUGAAGAGGUCAAUCGACUAUUGGAUGAGGUAGAAGAAGAAAUUUUACAAGAAAAUUCUAACCCACCCACGGAAGAAGAUUCAAAAGCUAGAAAUGCUUAUGCUGAUCCCAAGAGAGAGCAAUAUGAUGACUGCUAUGACGAAUUCCCUGAGGAUAUGCAUCAUGUUGGUCCAGUUCCUGUGUGGUAUCAAAAGAUGCUUGAAAAUAAAAUGAAACAAACAAGGUCCAGAUUAGAAAAUUUAAGUAAUUUAGUUUGUUAUGCUUGUACAACUGCAGGAGCUCACGUCAAAAGGAUGGAACAAGAUCAUAGUUCUGUUUUUUGUAAAAUGGAUUUUCCGAGACACCCACCAUUGAAUAAGCCAUGGACAAAUUUUUGGAAAUUUAAUUGUAUGAUUAAAUGUAGAGACAUAGACAAACCAAAUCAUGCUCACACGGCUGAUUGUGAAAGUAUUGUACUGGAACAUGCUAAUACUGGAGUGUCGACUUUAACUCAAAAUAUCUCUCAAAAUGAUUAUCCUAAAUUUGUUAUGGAUGCUGUAGAAUUAUUUCAAGAUUUUGCUAUGGAAACUACCAAAAGUGUACCAUACUUAGAUGCUACACAGGCUGUAGAUACAGUAUAUGAGAAACCUACCUGGACUGAAAUAAAGCUAAGAAGCAAUUAUAAAAAUGAAUUGAUGAUAGUUGUUCGUGGUAAAGGAGUUACAUCAUUGUUAACCAAAUUAAGAAAAUUUUUUGAUUCUGGCCCAGGAAGAACUUCAAAUGUCAUAUCAGUAUUCUGCAUCAACCAAAAGUGGUCACAAAAGAAAACUAAUUUUCCACCGACAUAUGUAACUGGUCUUUUAAAAUUGAGAGAUAAAGUUGGACCAAUAUCAAUAAAUUAUGAACCAAAAACUAAUGUGGCUUUUAAUUCUAUUGAAGCUAUACAGCUUGGGAAAGUAAUACAUGACUAUGCUAAUUUAACAGAUGACACUACAUUAUUGGAUAUAGGUUGUAAUUUUGGUGUAUUAAGUCUCAUGAUGUCCCAUAAAUGUGAUAGAGUCAUUGGGUUGAAUACAAUGCAUUUUGCAAAUUCUGAAAUUAACCAAGCAGAAGAAUUGAAAAAAUAUAAUAACAUUCAUAAUGUAUCAUUUAUGGGGUGCGAUCCAAAAGAUGUAUUAACUAAAUGUUCAACAAUAAUCAAACGAUGUAUGACUGUUGCUGUUUUGAAUUUAGCUUCGCCAUAUGGUAAAAGUAUACACGUAAUGCAGGCUUUGCGAGAUUUACCGUCAAUUUGGAAAGUUAUUGUUUAUGGUUCAUUCACCAAGGAAUAUCAUAGGAAUAUCAGUAUGUUAACAUACAAAGAUGAUCUUAUGGGAGAGCAUUAUUUACCUAUGCAAUACUGUAUUUUGGAUAAAUCUCCAUCAAUUGAACAUGCGUUCGACAUUGUUAUCUUAUUUGAAAGGAAAUCUCUAAUGAAUCCAAUAAUAAGACCGUUGGUAUCUCACCCAGCAAUGAACAUUAAGUCUGAAUCUAAAGAUUAUGGCUCACUAGAUACACGUCAAACGCAGCCUAUUAUGAAAUUGGAAAAAGGUUUCGGUACAUCUGAUUUUCGUCCAAAGAAAUAUGGUAAGCCUUUUAUAAAGUAUAGGGGAUCGUUAAGCAAGUUUGGUAAGUUUGACAGUCCAAUGAUACCAUUGGAGAAGGAGCAGCCUGAGAAAUCAAAAGAUAAAUCUAAAGAGGGGUUGUCAUUGCCUCCAGUCGCUGAGAGAAAAUUCGAUUGUUCUGUACUCAGACAAAAGCCUCCUCCUAUUUCACCUACUGCUAACACAAAAAAAAAUAGAUCCGUCUACCCAUCUGUUAGAAAAGAGUUGAAGCGAAUUUACGAUAGCCCAUCUUUGCCAAUGCUAAAAGAAGAACAAUUACCUGCAACAAACGAAGACAAAUCACCGCCCACAUUACUGAAAACAGAAUCAUUUGAUUGUUCGUUACUGAGAAAAGAAAAACAGUUUGACUACUCAGUUAUGAAAAAUCAAGAAUUCUUUUCUCAGCAGUCCAGAGACACAACAGAUAAACAACUUCCCCUCUCUCGUCCUUUCUUAUCUGUCAAAAAAGAGUUUCAGUACAGCUGUCCGACUCUAUCCCGAGAGAAAUAUCCUAGUCCACCAUCACCUCCUCCUCCUCAUCUCCCUCCUCUUCCGCCCACUGAACACAGCAUACUCGAGGAGUUACAUAUAAAGAAAGAAGAGUUUACUAACUGUCCUUUAACCACAGUGAAAGUUGAAACAAUUUUGUCUGAAUCUAAAUUGUAUGAAGAAAAAGAAGAAGGUGAACUAAGUUCAGAAGAAGACAGAAUUCCCAGUGUUCCCAUCAAAUCAGAAAAAUUAGAUUCGAGUUACUUUGUAGAAUUUUCAGAAUUCAGUUCGCAAUCAUUGACGGUAAAAUCGGAACCUGUGGAUUCGUACGAAAUUCCUUUUCAGUCUGUGGAAAUAAAAACUGAACCCGAAAAUAUGCAAAUUUCGCCAUGUUCUGAAGAUAUAGAAAAUAUGAAGACGCCGAUUCAUAAUCCAAGAGCGCUUAGCAAUACCUCUUCACCCCUUGUAGUCUCCACAAACUUCAAGACCAUAGACGGCUUUGAGUUUUCUGUCCGACCUAACCAGUCGUUCCUAGCAUCUAAAACUAAUUCAAACACUUCUUUGGAACAAAAAAGUGAUAUCGAAGUCAAAAAAGAGGUCGCCAACGAUUCUGAUAUGGACGAAGAGAUUAAGAUUAUCGAUGAAAAGAAGAUCUCUGUACAACCGAAAAAGCAGUUAAAGGGUUUGGAGCCAAGAAUCAGAGUCAAGUCUCUGGAUGAGAUAAUUCAAGAAAAUAGCGAGUCAAAUGACGAUUUGCGUGCACUCAUUGAGCAACGUAAGAUGCUUCAAUGGAAACUGGACAGAGAUAAGGAGGCGCGAUACUAUAAGGAACAUGGACGUUCGCCAACCCCUGAAAUACCUCAAAAAAACAGGCAUCAGUGGUCGCACUCUCCUUCCCCAUCCUUUAAAAAAAAUCAUUGGUCACCUUCAUCUAGAGAGAGUAAACAUAUUCGCUCACCAUCACUAAAAAAAUACUACAGAUCACCUUCACCUCAUAAAUGGCAUCGAUCGCCAAGCAGUAGGAAACGUAGAUCACCUAUGAGGUGGAUCGCAAGAGAAAGGUCAUCAAGCAUUGAAAGGUAUAGAAGAUCACCUUCACCAAACGGAAAACGUCGUAGAAGGUCACCAUCGCCCAAUGGAAGACGUAGAAGAUCACCGUCGCCUAAUAGAAGACGUAGGAGAUCUCCAUCACCCAAUGAAAGAUUUAAAAGAUCAUAUCCCUCGCCAAUACAAUAUAAAAGAGAGUACUCGCCAUUACGAUACAAGAGAGAAUUAGUCUCACCCGUAAGCAGUAGAUGGUUAGAGAAGAGUAGGUCACCGUCGCCUUCGUUAUCACACAAAAUUGAUCAUUACGGCCGAUCCAAAUCGCCAGUUAGGUCACGUCGCGAUAGUCGCAAAAGGAGAUCCAGGUCGAGGUCUCCUGUGGAAAACAAGCGUAAGCGCCGGUCGCUCUCGCCUAUACCUCCGUCGUCAUCUCCAUUGAGGAAGCAGCACAUUAACUCUAAAGAUCGUGAUCCUGUCAAGAAGAAGAAAAAGAAAUUCAAGUUUAAAUCAAAAUCCAAAUCCCCUUCUAAAACUUCGAAAAAUAAAUCGACAACCACAGCUGUCAUAACAAUUAAAGAUGAACCACACGGGGAUAUUCCAGUAUUGAGCACUUCGCCUUCGAUCUCGAAAAGUCCGAAUGAAGUUAUACACAAAUCAAAUGUUGAGGCUACAACUGAGAACGUUCAAAUUAGCCAAACUGAACCAAUUAAGCAAGAACAUGCUUCGAGGUCUAGAUCUCGUACUCCUAUUCCAGGGCUUGAUGAUUCUAUUGAGAUGGAUAUUGUGGUUUAAUAAACUCAAUGUAGGAGGCAUGUUAACAGUCAUUGUUUGAAACGUACAAUCCUUAAAUAGAUUAUUACCCUGUUCGGUGAAAUAAUCUUCUCAGGAGUUUUUGUACAAGAGGAACGAAAUCAGCAAUGCUGUAUUUUUAUUGUUUUGCAAUUUAUGAAAAUUCAUUUUGAGGAAUAACCUUAAUCGAUUUCUCAAAGCAGUCUAUCAUUUUUAUCAUAAAUACUCAUCUAAUCACUAGAUAUAAUGAAAUAUGGAAAUUUAUGAUGUCCCGGUCUAUAUUCAACUCUUUGUAUACUUAAAAAUGUUAAAACAUUGAAUUUAUAUUUUUAUAUGUGUAAGUUAAAAUGUUUUUUCUCGUCUAUUUUGACCAGUAAUAUUUUACUAAUUAUUUGUUUGGUUUAAAUUAAUAUUCAGAAAUCUAUAAACGUCGAAAUAUUGCUUUUCUUAUAAAAAUUAGUGUAUUUAGAAAACAUUGACCUCGUUAAUGUAUAUACGGGUAUACGACUGCUACAAACUGUAUAAAUCGCGAUUAAAUUGAAGUACAAUUUCAACUGUAAAUAAUGUUUAUUUGUACGGAUGAAAUGUAUUCACUUAGCGAUUCAAAUAUCAAUUUUUGUUGAUGUAAUUAAACCAUUUAAUUACCCACUAUUGCUUUACAAGGAAUCACUGUGCCUUGGCGGUAUCAAUAACUUUUAUUUAUCUUGUUAUAUUUUCACUUUAAAUUUAUGCAAUUCGUAAAAAAUUAGAACAGUUCCUAGUUGAUCUGGAAUUUGAAUAAAAUAGAGUAGUUUAGAAUCAGUGUGAUUUUCGAAAUUUUUACGAUUGUAUUAUAUAGGGUUAAUUCGAUGCGAUUUGAUAUAGAUUAAAACUCAUCCUAAUGAAACUUUAACUAAUAUAAUUUUUUUUGUCAGUUUAUUUUUAUAAUUGAAAUAUUUAAACAUAAAAUUUCCUUAUUGUACUAUGGUGAAUCUAUGGUGUAUAAUAUAAUAAGAUUUUCUGUAAAUAAAUUUU